AGGAAAUAAUAGAAAAUAAAUGACAAGUAGAAAAAGAACAUAUAAUAAAAUAAAAUAAAAUAAAAAAAAAAAAAAAAAAAAAAAGGAAGAUAAGUAAAGAAAUAAAAACGAAAGUAUUCGGUCGAGAUCGUUUACCUUCGUAAGUGUUCGUUCGGUCGCGACGCCUAGUGGUAACCACUUGAAGUAAAUUUCUCAUGAGGGACAAUCGUUCUUCGUUACAUCGCGACUGUACGACGCGUGUGUGUUUACUUUCACAACCAUACACCAUCCAAAGUGAUUCUAUGAAAAGUAUUGGAUUUCGUGAGAUCGGCAAAUUCGGAUCGAUCUUAGAAAGAAAUAACGUUUUACGAUGUGUGUGUCGAAAGUUUGCCGCGAUAAUUUUUCUCAACCGGAUAUAUGAGGGUCCAGUGUGAAAGAAAAAAGGUCACCGUUGCAUAUUCCCAAGGAAUUAUCGCAGAAUGGAAGAAGAUGAUAGACAAAAUAUAAGGAACGCGGUGGAGAACGUCCUAAGCGGUUCAAUCAAUUCCCAAAGAAGUUCUUACACGCAACAAAGUUUAACAAGAACGUCCGACAUAGUCCUUAGCGAAGAUUUAAUAGCUGGUGCGAGACAAGACGGGAGGAUGUCGAACGUUCGUCGUUUUUUUUGUCUCUUCGUAACCUUCGAUCUUCUUUUGACCGUGCUCAUGUGGCUAAUUUGUACUAUGAUAGCCGGGGAAAAUCUCGAAACUGCUUUUAUUAAUCAGAUUGUUCAUUAUCACAUAAAGACGUCCCUCUUCGAUAUUGUGAUGACAGCAAUAUGUAGGUUCACGGUGUUGUUGCUAUUUUACGCAUUGCUCCAUUUAAAUCAUUGGAUCAUCGUAGCCUUAACGACAGCUACGACCUGUGCCUUUUUACUUGCGAAAGUAUUUCUUUUCGACUGGUUAGCUUGUAAACAGCCAGUUUUUCAAGUACUCUUGAUACUGACUUCUUUCAUUCUUUCUUGGGCGGAAGCUUGGUUCUUCGAUUUCCGUGUGAUACCUCAGGAAACACAUGUUAUAAAUUGGAUUCAAAAUAUGUCAAACACGGAAAGAGCACCUCUCAUUCAAGCCGAUACUGUGGAUCCACAUCAGUAUAGUUCGAUUGAACCUUCGCGUACCUUUUACACGCCUGUGGAUUCUCCAGCUCAUUCCGAUACCGAAGACGAAUUCGUUAGAAGGCAGGAUGCCAUUAGAAGAAUAUCGAAGACAAAUGAAAUAUUUAUUCCUAAGCCAUUACCAAAAUUAACAAUCGAUAAGUUGAUUAUGAAACAUGUUUCGAGCCCCUUUAAUGGUGAACAAAGAAAACACUAUAUUGAGGAAUACAAAAUGACGGCUGAAACGUUAUUAAAAAAUUGUUAUGAGCUAUUAAUGUCCAAAGAGUGGAAAUUGGAAACCACAACGUCAAAGGGUGAUGUUGUUUCAUAUAUGCAAACCAAUAGACCAGAAGGAAAAAUAAUGAAAAUUACGGGCAUAGUAGAUGCGCCUGCUAAUAUGCUCAUCAAUUGGUUAUUCGAUGGUGUCGAAGCAGCACCAACGUGGAAUAAACUCGUAACCGAAUCGAUGAAAUUGCAGCAAAUUGACGAGAACACAGAUAUAGUUUAUCAGGCGACAGGUCCUCAAGGCGGUGGACUGAUUGGUGCACGAGAUUUUAUUAUUUUGAGAUAUCGUAACAUGUAUGGUAAUUAUUAUAUCAGCAGUGGUAUGUCGGUGACAUUGAAAUCAUUUCCAAAUCGUAAAAAUGUUACCAGGGGUGAAAAUGGCGUAAGCUGUUGGGCGGCCGAGGAAUUAGCAGACGGCGAUUCUAGCAAGUGCCGUUUCACUUGGAUCCUUAAUACCAAUCUGAAGGGUUGGCUACCUCAAAAAGUUGUGGACAGAUCGUUGUCCACAGCCUUAGUAGAUUUUAUGUCAUAUUUGAGAAAGUAUUUGGACGAGUAUCAGAGACACGCUAAUACGUAAAAUGUCACAAAUUUGUGUGUCCUACCGAAGAAGAGUAUAUCAUGACAAUUAUGUUAUAUGAACGAACGAAGGAAUUAUUAAUCCAUUCGUGUGUGUAUGAAAACUUUGAAAAAAAGAUCACAACGACAUUACACUUUUUCGAGGUACAUACAAAGAUAGCCUUUCUACUAUACGCUUUGAAUUUUAUUCUGAAAUGAAAUGAGAUAGAAAAGAAAAAAAAAAAAACAAAAGAAAAGAAAACCCCGAGAAAAAAAACCAAAUAAAUAAGGAAUAAGCGAUGUUCUAUUUAAAAAAAAAAAAAAAAAAAAAAAAGUGAGCAAGUUCAAAAGGAAGAAGGAAUGAUGGGAGUUCAUGGAAUAUGGUGCCGAAGUGUCCUAUUACAAAAACAAAAAAAAUGAAUAUCUUUAGCGAUAUAUUUUAUUUUUUAUUAUUAUUUUUGCUUCAUCGAUUCAUCAAAUUUUGCGUGUUUCAUUGAUAAGCCAUACGAUGCAGUAGGAAGAA